AUGCUCGUUACUCAACUCCUCAUUGCCAGUCUCAUCGCUGUCGCCAGCGCUACCAACCUCGUCUCACGUGAGGAUGCGUACUUCGCCUCUCUCUUGAAGCGUCAGGAGCCUGGUACUCCUGCAUACAAUUGUCACGACAACUGCGGCUCCGCCAUUACCCUCUCUCGCGGCGCUGACCCUUGCAAUAACGCGGCUUUUGUCGCCGACUACAACAAUUGUCUCAAGUGCUCUGGUCCAGACAACUACAAUAUCUGGCGCUACUAUGGCGGCACUUUAAGCAGCACUGGUGCUAAGUGCGGUUUCGAUACCGAGCCACUGCCUGGCAAGCAGGAAGAUGUCCCCGAAUCUGGCAGCACCGGAGCUGCAUCUUCAGCUGCUCCUGCGCAGACAUCGGCUGCUGCACAGUCAUCCAUAAUUCCUUCUGCUGCUGCUUCUUCAGCAUCUGCUGCCCCAUCCGUCGCUGCACAAGAAAGUAGCCAGGCCGCAGCUACAACUGAGGCUGCAACAAGUGAGGCUCCUGUCUCUUCUGCGGCGACCCCUUCUGCGCUGCUGACUACUGUGGUUACUCCUGCGAUCUCUUCUGCCCCAAUCUACCCUACUGUCGUUGCGAACGGAACGCUGAGCUCUCUCGUGUCAGGUGUGCCUUCGCCUAGCACCAAUGCUAGUGCAAGCUUCACUGCUGUAAGUACGACUUCCACUUCCUUUGGAGCACAGACUGACUCUAAGAUAGUCUGCACCUGCUGAGGUCACCACCAAUGCUGCUGCUGGUCUUCGUGUUGUGGACGCUGCUGGCCUGUUCGGUGCGAUCUUUGUUGGCGCGCUUUUCGGCAUGUAAGCUGGGGAGGCUCCGAGCGCACAGGAGGGUCAAGCGAAGAGUGCAGCAAGCGGACGACAUUUACCUCUCAUGUACAGUAUGUUUCGACCAAACGAUAUGAAGCUAUGGGCGAAUA